AAGGAGGAAGAAGAUCCUUCUUGGAAAAUGAAGAAGAAGAGGAGAUGUGAGAGUCCAGUGGAAGAACCAGCUGUGGGAGGAUUCGGAGAUGGAGGUAGAAAGCAGUAUCCUCUGAGAAGGAAAAGAUCUCGAAGUCCGGAGGAGAACUCAGCUGGAGGAAAAGAGAAGAAGAUUAGAGAGGACGCAUCGGCGUACCUAGACAUCAACAAUUACAGCCUAUAUAAGGAGUUAGGCAAAGGCAGCUUUGGAAAGGUGGUGUUGGCAUCAUAUACCAUCAAGAACCAACUGACUGCUAUUAAGAUCAUCGAGAAGCAGCGGGAGGAUGACUUGAAAUAUGUCAGGAGAGAGGCAUCGGUUCUCCAGAUUGCUAGCAGGUGCCCAUUCCUAUGCCGGGCAAUGGCGACUUUCCAAACUCAGUCGCUGAUCCUGCUAGCCCUGGAGUACGUCAGUGGCGGCACUCUCCAGAACAUCAUCAAGACCCGGGGCCAUCUGAACAGUGAGCAAAUCCUGUUCUAUGCUUCAGAAAUAGUGGUAGGCAUAAAGUUCCUGCACAAGAAUGGGAUCGUUCAUAGAGACCUCAAGCCGGAGAACAUAUUGGUGGAUGACCAGGGCCACAUAAAGAUCUGUGAUUUUGGCCUUGUCUGCACCCGUAUGUAUGGAGAGAAGACGCGGUGUGGCUAUUAUGGAACACCAGGCUACACAGCACCACAGGUUUUAUCAGAGGAGAAUUACGACGCUGGAGCUGACUGGUGGUCAUUCGGCGUCAUCUUGUAUGAAAUGGCCACCGGUAAAUUACCGUUCUCGCCGAAGGGAACCCUGGAACAACAGGCAGAAACCAUUAUCAACGGAGUGCCUGAGUAUCCAGAUUCCCUUUCUGCCACCCUGCGGGACCUCAUAGAGCAGCUCUUGAAGAAGGAGGCCGACCAACGCCUUGGGGUGAAUGGCAACAUCCGGCAUCACCCUUUUUUUUCUACUCUCAAAUGGAAGAGAGUAAAGAAGAGAAAACUGGAGUCUCCCAUAAAACCUAAACCAGCUAAGGGUCUCGUCAAAAAAGACAUCUCGUUCCCGAAAGAGAACCCGAGCGAGACCCGCAUGCUCAAGAAGUUCAAUUACGUGGACCCGAGCUGGCUGGAAUAAUGCGUCAAAAAGCCGUGAAACAUACCACCAUGACACCACUAGCACCUCCACCGCUUCAUCCUGCAACAUCGGGUAAUGUAUAAUGGCAACAAGCAAGGUGAGCAAAUACUGUAAUUACCAUCUUACUGUCCAGCUCUACCUUAUAAUUCCAACACCCAAAGAGGAUCUUUUCCCCGAAAUACACCAUCUUGCAGGUUGUUAGCACUGUGGCCGACAUCACCAUAGAAAGCACUUACAGCUGCAUUUAUUUUCUCAAGUGCUUUCAGUGCCAUUACCAACUUAUGCAGCUUUGUUUUUCAUGUUCAUAGUUUUGUACUUUUUAAGUUAAAAAACAAAAAAAACAAAAAAAAUUCCCCCCAUCUUCGCUUGUUAUACUACCCUAUCUUCCCAUGGUAACCAUUCCCAUAAGCACAGUCUGUGACCUCCAGGCUUUAUCAUUAUCUGUAAUGUUAUCAGAGGGGGGGAUAGGGGUGGGCAUAGCUAGUGGAUUGUGACUGGCUAAUUUGUAAUCUGUGGCCAGUCACAAUCCACCAGCGGUUCCCCUCUAAUGACAUCACAGACUACAUGCUCAACUACCCAUCCAUUUAUAUCCCUUACCAAGCAUAGCCUAUUCCUCCCAGGUCUUAUAAAGCACAACCUGUUCCCCCCAGGUCUCAUAAAGCACAGCCUGUUCCCCCCAGGUCUUAUAAAG